AUGCACCCUGCCACCGUGCACAACAGCGACACCCCAGACGAAUUUCUUUCCAUGACCCACUCGUUGGCAACAGCACCAUCAUCUCAUACUCAACCAACGUCACUGAUUACGAACGACAUGCAUUCAGAAGGCGUCGACGUGUACAUUACCGGUCCGGAUGGCAAUGCUAUCACAGAGCACGAGAACAAGUUCCUCAAGGACAAUGCUGCCUACAGUGGACGUGUAUUCAGCAAACUCAUUUGUGAAGAGCCUGCGAGAGAGACUGUCAUUCAUCUCAAAUUUGACUGCAACUUCCAGCUUUAUGAGGCCGACGGGGUCGCCAUUCAAAUUUGUGCAAACGACAUCUAUCCCGAUAAGUCAAAAUGGGACUUCAAACAGCUAUUCUGGAUUGACAAAGCCGAUAUCGGGCUCAUUUUCGUCUUCGACCAAGUCAAGCUCUUCCACAGGACGAGUAUCACUCGAUGGGAAAUUCAGAUGCCAGCGGAGACGAACCCACACAAUGCGCGCACUGCGGAGACUGCGUGGAUUGAAGACAUUGACACAAACUCUGGAUGCAUCACAGUCUUCGUUCGCCGUGGCACAUUCUCGAAUCGAACGGGGUUUAUGCAAGCACGAGAGGACAGCGAACCAACCUGGGAGCAAUAUCAGAACAUGGAUAAACCCAAAGUGAUCCGCAACGCUUGGUUCACGCCCUUGGAAGGCGAGCGAGGGGAGCACACAGCGUUCCAAUUCAAGAACAUGAGAGUCGAAGACAUCGGUCCGUCUCUUGCCAGGUCUACAAAUCCCACGGCCUCGGAUUCGAGACUGAUGAGCACUUCUUCCCACAACCGCUUAGCAGCUACGCACGCAUCGAAGCGGCUCUCGCGAGGGUCCCCGAAGAGGAGCAUCAAGCGAUCAUGCCCGGGGUCGUCGAAAGAUCGAAAUAUCGGGCACUCGGCAAGAGACGUGAUCUUCAAAGCCAAGGAGAAGAUCGGAUGGCCAAUCGACGACGACGACGAGGACGAUGAAGAGGUACAUCUUCCAGCCCCUAUCCAAGACGUGGAAGCAGCGAUCAAACAAGAAGAAGAUGCCAUCACCACAUGUGCAGCGCCGAGCGCGCCACUUCGGGACCGCGAGUCACCAGGAACCCUAGAACGGCGAGCACAGUACAUAGAGCAGUUGUUUAGGCGUCCAAGCAGCGAGACCGACGGCAUGAGCACACCAGCUCCUGCUGCGUUGGGUGUCGAGGCGGAUGACGAACUGCUCCGCCUGCGUCUUGAGGAGAACCUCAUCAGACAGCAGCUGAGGAAGAAUGAGCUGCAGCGUGCCGCGAAGAAAUGA